AAAGGAAAAAACGAAAAGAAAUGAAAAACUCCAAAAAGAAAGGCACUUACAGUCUGCAAAAAUCAAAAUCCUUCCCUGUCUUAAAUCGGUGACAGGUAGUCGUCGCCGACGCCCAUUUUGGCUCGCCAGAAAACCAAACAUUCAAUUUCUCUCUCCUCUCGAACUCUGAAAUUCCCUCAAAUCCCCAAUUUCAAAACCCUAAUUUCACCUCCAAACCCCCAAACUUCGAUCAUAACAACAAUAUUCACCAUCACAUCGCAUUUGAAAUUAUCCACCAACUCCCCCUAAUACAUUCAUCCCAUCGAUCCAGAUUCCGCAGCACCACUCUCAUUUUCAGUGGCUAUCGAAUUCAUGAUUCAUUUUUGGCGGUUGUGAUUCUUCCGAAUCGAUGAUUUGAUCGGCGAAUUUUCGAAAACUUUGGGGUUUUGGUUUUGUGUAGGGAGGUCGAAAUGGCGGCACAAAACCCAGGGGAUCUGUUUGAUACGUAUUUUCAGAAAGCGGAUUUGGAUCGAGAUGGUAGAAUUAGUGGCGCUGAAGCAGUCGCUUUCUUCCAGGGCUCGAAUUUGCCAAAACAAGUUCUCGCUCAGAUAUGGACGUUUGCUGACCAAAACCGAACAGGAUUCCUUGGCAGACCAGAAUUCUACAAUGCUCUUAAACUUGUGACUGUCGCACAAAGCAAACGUGAAUUAACUCCUGAGCUUGUCAGGGCAGCUUUAUAUGGUCCAGCUUCAGCUAAAAUACCAGCACCACAGAUAAGCUCGCCUGCUACACCUGGUCCCCAGUCAAGUGCUGCCGGAGCUACCCCUUCCGCAUCUCAGACGGGAACUGUUGCUCCUAUUUCAUACCAAAACCAUGGGAUUAGAGGAGUAUCGGUGUCGCAAAAUGUUAACAUGAAUCAGCAGUAUAACCAGCCACCAGUUAGCGGUACACCUAGGCCUCCAAAUACAGUUUCUGCUGUAGCUACACAACCUGCACAAGGAGUUGGCUUUCAAGGAUUUCCUGGGGGAGCUCCUCAAUUGGGCUCAAACCUGCCUAAUUCUAGAGCAUCAAAUGACAUAGGGGUUGUGAACACAGGAAGGUCACCAACAGGAGUCUUCUCAGAGAGAGGCAAUAGUCUUUUGACAAACCAGUCUGGGGUGCCAUCAACUGCAGGACCUGCAGCUUCUUUACCACCUAAGCCAUCUGUAACAGCAGGUAUUUCUGCCGCGCAACCUAAACCGUCACAAAAUGGGUCCACUUCAGGUUCUUUUUCCGGAAAUAAUGCAUUCUCUGUAGCUCCAUCUCAGCUCAAAAGGGAUGGCUCUAUCCCCUCAUCUUCUGGAAGCCUACAAGUCCCUUCGGCCGUGGUUCCAGUUUCAGCUGGAAACCAGUCUUCAUUUAAGCAGGGUUCUGUUGCUUCUGUACCAAAUUCAUUUACUGCAAACUCCGUUGGCGGACAGCACCAAAAGUUGCAACCUCACCUGAAACAGAAUCAACAAAUUCCAGUGCAAAAUAUUGCUCCACGUGGACCUCCUGCAUCUUCCACAGGACAUCAGUCCCAGCUGAAUUGGCCAAGACCAACUCAGACUGAUUUACAGAAAUACGCCAAAGUAUUCAUGGAGGUAGACACUGAUAAAGAUGGAAAAAUUACCGGUGAACAGGCACGCAAUCUAUUUCUAAGUUGGAGGUUACCAAGAGAGGUCUUAAAGCAGGUGUGGGACUUGUCUGAUCAGGAUAAUGAUAGCAAUCUUUCUCUCAGGGAAUUCUGCAUUGCACUCUAUCUGAUGGAAAGAUACAGGGAAGGACGUCCUCUUCCAGCAGUUCUUCCAAGUAGUGUUGUGCUUGAUUUUCCUGCAACUCCUCAACCAGUUGCUGGACAUGGCAACCCAGGAUGGGGAUAUUCUGCUGGUUUCCAGCACCCGCAGGUGGUGCCUGGCACUGCUUCUAGACCAACUGCACGACCCACUGGCAAGCCACCACUGCCUGUUUCAGCUCAUAUAUCAUCUGACGAUAGAAUGCCUCCUAAGCCACCAAAAGCCAAAGUGCCAAUUUUAGAGAAACACCUAGUAGAUCAGCUGAGUGAAGAGGAGCAAAAAUCACUCAAUUUGAAAUACCAGGAGGCAUCAGACGCAAAUAAAAAAGUUGAAGAACUGGAGAAGGAAAUAAAAGAAGCAAAAGAGAAAAUGGAGUUCUACCGUGUUAAAAUGCAGGAGCUUGUUCUCUACAAGAGUAGAUGUGACAGUCGCUUUAAUGAAGUUUCAGAGAGGGCCACUGCAGAUAAGCGUGAGGUAGAGGCUCUGGCUAAGAAAUAUGAAGAGAAGUACAAACAAACUGGCGAUGUUGCAUCUAGGUUGACAAUUGAAGAAGCGACGUUCCGUGACAUACAGGAGAAGAAAAUGGAGAUGUACCAGGCAAUUGUGAAAAUGGAGCAGGAUGGCACUGAUGAGAAUCUUCAGGUUCGUGCUGAUCGCAUUCAAUCUAGUUUGGAGGAAUUAGUAAAAUCUCUCAGUGAACGUUGCAAGAAAUAUGGACUGCGAUCGAAACCUACCACACUGGUUGAGCUUCCCUUUGGAUGGCAACCUGGCAUUCAGGAGAGUGUUGCUGAUUGGGAUGAAGAUUGGGAUAAAUUUGAAGAUGAAGGUUACACUUUUGUGAAGGAACUGACACUUGACGUGCAAAACGUCAUUGCACCACCGAAAACAAAAAUUAAAGUUGCAAAGAAAGAAAAGAAUUUAGCUUUUGAGGGUGAUACAGAACAUACCUCAGAUGCUGAAUCUAAGUUUGCCAAGUCUACAGAGGAUGAUCAAGUGGCUGAAAACAGUGUUGUAGGUACCCCUAAAGCAGGUGACAUGUUAAAGAAUUCAGUUUCUAGUCCUUCAGCUAGAAGUUCACAUGGAAGUCCACGGGAUGGAUUUAAGGACAACCAUUUCAGAAAGCUUGGAAGUUCAGAUGCCUCACCUCGUGCCAAGGAAUCUCUGAGUGACGAUAGGAUUGCUGAUGCUUCCUUAUCUGGGGAGAAGAGUUUCGAUGAGCACUCACAGGGAACUUUUGACACUAAUGAUGAUGCUGACUCAAUCUGGGGUUUCUCAAAGGAGAUGGAUCGUGACAAGCAUAAUGAUGACUUGUUUGGUCAUGGACAAUGGACUCUGCCUCCUAUCAGGACUAGUUCAUCUCAGGCUGAUGACUUUUUGCCCAAAAAAAGCAUAUUUGCAGACUCUGUACCAGGCACACCAGCAGACGGGUUUUUGCCGAAAAAGAGCAUUUUUGCAGAUUCAGUACCUGGUACACCAGCAGAUGGCUUUUUGCCUAAACAGAGCAUUUUUGCAGAUUCUGUUCCAAGCACACCACUUUAUGAAUCCAGCUAUUCUCCGCAGAAAUAUGGUGAAGGGCCAGAUCGUGGUUUCAACUUAUCAAGGUUUGAUUCCUUUAGAUCUUCAGAUAGUGGUUUCCAGCCUCAAGAAAAGUUCUCUCGAUUUGAUUCCAUGCGGAGUACUGGAGACUUUGACUCACAUGAUGAAAGGUCAGUUCAGCAAAGGGAGACCACCUUUUCACGGUUUGAUUCUAUGCGAAGUAGUAAUAAUGAUUACGAUUACGGGGAUCGGUUUUCAUCAUAUGAUGAUUCAGACGCUUUUGGCUCUGGGCCAUUUAAGUCAGCAUUUGACAGUGAAACUCCUAGGGGGGACUCAGAUCCCUUCGGUUCUAGUGCAUUUAGGUCUUCGCUAGGAAAUGAAACACCAAGGUCAGAGAUAGAUGCAUUUGGGUCCGUUGGACCUUUCAGGUCAUCAUCUAUGGCCAAUGAAACACCUAGGGCAGAUUCAGACCCUUUCGGGUCUACUGCACCUUUCCGGUCAUCAUUUGGUAGUGAAACGCCAAGAGCAGACGGUGAUCCUUUUGGUUCUGUUGGGCCUUUCAAGUCAUCUUGGGGGAGUGAGACUCCUAGAGGAGAUGCUGCUGACCCUUUUGGUGGACCAUUCAAGUCAUCACUUGGCAGUGAAACACCCAGGAAAGAAUCAGACUAUUUUGGAUACUCUGGUUCAUUUAAAUCAUCAUUUGGCAGUGAGACUCCAAGGGGGGGCGAGUUUGAUUCUUACGGGUUUGGUGGGCCGUUUGGUUCAUCACUGGGCAAUGAAACACCAAGGGGAGACGUGGAUGCAUUUGGUUCUUCUGGCCCAUUUAAGUCUACGGUGGGUAGUGAAACCCCGAAAGAACGAACAGAUAGUUGGAGUGCAUUUUAGAGUAUAAGCAAGUUUGGACUAUAUAUCCAUUGUUCUGUGCUUUCGAUGCUGAAGCAGUUUUACUUACAGAUGUUUGAGCCUUGGAAUUGCUUUAUCCUGGUGUCUUUACAGGCUGCCUAGCGUACUGCAGGUUUGCCACGUGGCACCAAGCAGCCGAAACAUCACUGCAUCAAUCAUUAACGCGGCUUUUUCUCCCGGCUUAUCAGUUACAUUUUUUUAAAAAACCUUUGUAAACACCUCCUCUAUCAUAUAUUUUCUUGGGGGUUUGUUGGGUUUGCAAUUUUUAAUUUUUUGCUAUUGCCAUUUUCCUGCUUGUUAUUUUUUGUUCCUUUGCCAAUAUUGUGGCUUGUAAUGAAAGUGUAGUGGGCUGGCUUUGUAGCAUCAGCACGAGUGUAUGUUAUUCUUUACAAUCACCUUGUUACAUGACUCAACGUUACUGUAGACUGUAGUAUGGUGAUUUUUGCAUUA